AUGACCCAGACUCUCCACAAAAGGGAGGACCCUCUGAACCUGGGCGGCGGCUGGGCAUCCUCGGCCCCGUUAGGCACCUGGUCUUCCUGGCACCGAAGGCGCAGGGGCGCUCCAAUAAACAAGCGGCGCUACCGCUCUGGUCCCAAGUCUGAGUAUGAGCCCCCCAGGAAGCAACAGCACGGUCCGGGCCCCUGGUUCCAACCACCCCGACGGCCCCACUGGGAGGUGUACUCUAACUGGGGGCGCUGGGGAGGGCCCUGGUGCCCACCUCCAGAGGGAUGCUGGAGGCCUCCAGGCCGAGUGCAAGUGAUCCGGAUGUACGGGCUGCACCCGCUCUGCCUCUGCUGCUGCUGCUCCUGCUGGCGCGGGUCCUGGAGCCCGCGCUGGGCCAGGCCCCCGGGCAGGAAGAAGCGCUGGGGCCGCAGGGGCCGCGGCCUGCGCCGCCACCCUCGCCGCUCCUUCCCCAGGAGCCCGCCCGUGGAUCUGAGCACGCUGCUCCGGCCGGUCAACCUGUACGGGUGGCGGGCACCCGGCAUGCGGGCGCCGCGGAACACCACCCAGUUCAUCAUGAACCAGAUCUACGAGGACAUGCGGCAGCAGGAGAAGCUGGAGCGCCAGCAGGAGGCGCUGCGGGCGCAGCAGGCCCAGGCGCGCGGCCCGGCCUCCCCAGAGGGCCCCUCCUGGAACGACGCGCCCCCCAGCGGCGGCGAAGAAGCCGCGGAGCUGCGGGAAACUUUGUACAGCUUUGCGCAGAACCCGCCUCUGGUCUUCCCUCCGGACCAGUCUCCGACAGCACAGCUGGGGGAGGAGGACGAGGAGAAAAAUGAGGAGGAGAAUGAUGAGGAGGAGUGUGACGGGAAGGAAGAGGAGAGCGAGGAGGAGGAGGAGGAGGAGGAGGAGGAGGUAGAGGCCGAAGACGAAGAGGAGGUCCAAGAGGCGGACUGUGUGGAUGAGGGGGAGGAGGAAGAGGAAGAGGAGGAGGAGGAGGAAGAGGAGGAGGAAGAGGCGGAAGAGGAAGAAGACGAGGAAAUAGAAGAGGAGGAGGGGGUGGAAGGGGAGGAGCAGAGGGAGGAAGAGAAUCCCUUACCUCUGGAAAUGCCUUUAUCGUUCCUAGUGGGCGCUGAGGAAGAGAGAGAGAACUUUAUAAACUGUACUUAUUUAAGCCCCACGCAGGUAAUUCCCAAAAUGCCGCAGGAAGCUCUCUUCAUGUUAGACGACAUUAACUGUUAGACAUCAGGAAAGGGAUUGAGAAUGAGAUGGAACUGAUUUGAGGCUAAACUGCAUUAGCAACUUAUUAAAACCUAAUUUAAAAAGUGGGUUCCAUUAAAAAACAUAUCUAUGUAAAGCCCUCCUUUGACCAUUAUAAAACAUUUAAAAAUUGG